CCUGCCAUUGGCCUGUACUUCCUGCCGGCACAGGCCACUGAGAGAUUGAACUCCCUCUCAAGCCAUGGCAAAGACGAUGCUGUCAUCUUUUUCGGCCUUUCAAGAAAACUGUUACAAGUGUCUUUGACAAGCAUGUUGGAUUGUUAGCAACUUUACAGGUGGAGCAGCAACAAGACCAUAUCAGCUCACCCCCAGCCAGCGCUCCUCCUGAUCUCCCACAAUGCUCCAUCUGCAGCCCCCACUCUCUGUGAGUCAGCAAGAAAUUCCUGUACUUUAGCAGAGGAAAUUACAUCUUUGCCAUCCUCUCAGUUAAGGGCUGCUGGUCCCACUGAUCGACCUUUUUCAGUCUCAACCACCUAUUACAUAACUUCACAACUGGAACAAUGUCAAAUGACAUUCCAGCCCUGGAAGGGGCGCCCUCCGAUGGCAUGUUGGGAGGGAUGUCCAUCCCCAGAGGGAUGACCCGUCGCGCCAUGAGCUACGACGACAGCCUGGAGGGGCCCAUGGCACCGCUCCCCUCGGACAUCAACAUCAGCAACCUGUGGAGGAGGCCUGUCAUUCCUGACCGCAAAUUCCAGCGACUCACUGAAGAGGAUGAAACAGGAAGUGAGCUGACGCAUGCUGUUGACGCUGAGGCUGCCAAACCGCAGGUUCCAGUGGUGAAGGCCAAAGCCUCAGUCCUCAUGAACUCUCUGAUUACUAAGCAGACCCAGGAGAACAUACACAGGUUUGAGAAGCAGGCAGGUCUGACUGACACAGGCUACAGCCCUCAUAAAGGCCUGGUGGACGAGACCCACUAUCACCGUAUGGCUGACUCAAUACAUAAACUGCACAUGCAUAAUACUGACCUGAAAGAAGAGAAGCAAACCUCAUCUACUCAGUCUACUCCAACAACUACUCCACAACACUCACCCAAACAGAAACGCAGGAGCUGGUUCAGCAGUCAGAGUUCUGCAGGUUCCAUCACUAGCUCUGAGUUCAGCACUAGCUCCAGCUCUAGUGUUGAUUUGGGAGCUGGCGAAGGAGGGUCUGUGGAACGCUGGAGUUUCUUUGGACCUCGCCCUCCUGUGCAGAAAACAGCCAUAGACCCCGGUGCAGAGCCUUCAACUGCAGCGGGGUUUGCUUUGCAGCCCUAUAAGGGAGCCCAGAAGCCGACCCCUAUGGAGGUGAUGAAGGCUCAGGCCACUCGGCUGGCAGAGGACCCUGCCAACCUCAAAGCUCCCAAGAUGGAGAUCCCCACCAUGGACGGAAAGAGACAGACGACCCGGCCUCACAAGCUGAAGCACCGCGACAUGAACGUCCUGACUCCCUCUGGUUUCUGAGCGCCCUGCUUUCCACCCUGCCUGAUAUUGUAGCCUUUUGUCGUGUCUCCUCUGCAUUUCCAGCACUCUUGACCCUUGUGCUGUCAUGUUCCGCGCAUACGCACAGUAGUUGAAGUAUUCCCUCUGAAUCCCGACCUCCGUGGAGCCCCAGUAUAGUUCCGUCAGUGAAGUACUCACAGUUGUGCCUCCCCAACGAACAGUAGCUGUUAGUAAUGAAUGUGUUGUCUGUGUGUUGAAGUACUGCUGUUUGUGCCAUUUUAUUUCACCUGCCUCUUCAUUUUGACUUUUGUUGUAAUUGUGUCUAUCACAUACUGUGUUUAAUAAUUCAUUUGUCAUUUCUUUGAACAUUCCUGAUUCAGAAUGGUGCAGCAUUUGUAAUAAUUUAUGUUGGGUGAUGCAACAUUUGAAUAUUUGAGCAUUUUAAUAUGAAUGUUUGUGGGUUUUUUUUUUCACACAUAUGUUCUAUAGUACAGGGCUUCAAAAUCAUUGAAACCAGUCUCAUUCAAUUGGGCUGUUCGAACAAACAAACACCACAUUUGUGAUGUCAUACAGGAACUUUCAUAGUGACUGGUUUUAUGUGUCACCUGACUGUUUUUAUGGCCAACCAUUCUCAGUGGUCUUGAAUCUGUGAUCAUAAUCUUUCACACUCGGUGUGAAUGAAUGAAGUGAUUCUGCCGAGGAAAAAAAAAAAAAACUUCAAAUUAAGGUAAUAUGGGCAUUAUGUAAUUUGUUUUAUAUGUAUUAUUUAAGAUGUCUAGAAAUGUUAUGUUUCCAGUGGUCCAACAUUUCAUUUGAAUUUCAAGAUAUUGAAGGAUUUGCAGUUCGUUGUCAUCAACAUACAUGUACACACCCAAAUAAAACAGCCUAAGUGGAUUCUCUAUGCGGUCAUCUCAAACAUAA